AUGGCAUCGAAUGAGCCUCAAGAAACGCCGACUCUGGAUGAAAUCAACAAGUAUUUUCCAGAUGACGAGUGCGAACAUCGUCCUCCCAUUUUCGACUACGGUUUCGCACUCACGGAUGAACAAGUCAUCGACUAUGCUCGUGAGCAAGGUUUAAUACCUGCGGACGGGGAAUGGUCAUCAGACCAAGACCCAUGGAGCAUCAUUUCCUGGCGUAUGCUAUGCAUAUUCAACUACGCUGUGGGACUUCGGAUACCGGGCGAGGGAGUCGAAAUUGUUUUACCAUAUAUCGACCCUGGAAACAUGGUGUUGCUCAAGGUCGCAACAAAUUACGAGGUGCCGUUUUCGCGAAAGAAGGCGGAUAAGCUCCUGGAUAUGAUAAAGCAAGCUUUUAAAGUGGAUCCGACAUGGCACAUGAGUAGGGAAAACCGUGAACGAUUGCAAGAUAACUAUUACCUGGAUCGUAUUUCACCUAGUCUUCAGUGGGGCAUGGAAGUACUUCUGAAGGACGAAGAGGAAUCUGGAAUAAUAGAUACCCCCUAG